AUGGCCGGAAAGUCGACACCAGCAGGUCCGGGCUUCUUGAGUUUCAACAGCAUGCCGCCCCGACUUCACAUCACCGCAGAUGCGGAUUCAGAGCGCGACUUUGACCCAGUAAUAUGCCAACAUUUCCGCGAGGAAGGUUUCGAUGUUACCUUCUUACCCUAUAACCCCGACGGCGGUCCGGCUGAGGACAAAGCAUAUCGCAAUACUCUGAAGCAUCUAUCCGACGACCUCGAGCUCGGCGAAAACUACGCCAUAAUAGCGUACGGCGACGCGGCGGCGAUAUGCCUCGAUGCGCACAUCAAGCCACAACCGCAUCUCGCAGCGCUGAUAGCAUACUAUCCCACCACGAUACCGAAUCCGAAGACCAAGUAUCCUUCCCAACUGCAAGUCCUCUGCCACAUCGCCGGAUCGCAAGGCUUCGCGCCGGCCUUCACCUCCUACACCUACCAAGGCGUGCAGCCAGGCUUUGCGGAGCGUGACCUUGACGCCUAUAACAAGGUCGCUGCUUCCCUUUCCUGGACCCGGACGCUGACCUUACUGCGUAAAGCUUUCAAGAUUGAAGUCGAUCUGGAGAGCAUAUGGGAAUCGCACGUUGGUCUCGAAUUCGCCACCAAAGAUGCGGCAGCCACUAUGCGCACCAUGGUCGACGAGCCCUACGUCAACCACAUCCCGACGCUGACCGGCGGGAUUGGACAGAAAGAUCUCUUCCUUUUCUACCGGGAUUACUUCAUCCCUCAGAACCCGCCUUCCCUAUCCAUGAAGCUCGUCUCCCGCACCAUAGGCACGGAUCGAGUGGUCGACGAGAUGAUCAUCUCAUUCAAGCACACCCAGACGAUCCCAUGGAUGCUGCCAGAUGUUCCGCCGACGGGGAAAGUGGUCCAUGUAGCUUUGGUGAGCGUGGUCUGCAUCCGUGGCGGGAAGCUGUACCAUGAACACAUCUAUUGGGAUCAAGCGAGCGUGCUCGUGCAGAUCGGACUGUUAGACCCGAAGCUGGUGCCCGAAAACAUGAAGAAGCAGGGCCUGCAGCGCUUGCCGGUGUAUGGGAGUGAGACCGCGGCGAAGGUAUUGGACGAGGACUGUCAGCCCAGCAAUGAGUUGAUCUCGAGCUGGAAAGAACGGCCGAAGGGCGAUCCAGGCGCCAGUAUGCCGGCGAGGCCGAAGCCGGCCGCUGCUAAUGGUAAUAGUCAUGCUGGUAGUAACGGUGCCCAAACGAACAGCUCGCAAUGA